AACCUCCGGGAGGUGACGGGACCUCGGGCGCCGGCUGUCUUGCUCGGACGCGCGGCUUCUGUGGGAUCGUCGCCCGUCGGUACUGCUGAAUAGAAUAUGAGACGGUCUGCAGCGCCAAGUCAGUUGCAGGGGAAUCCCCUCAAAAAACUAAAAUUCAUACCACCAGCGAGAAGUAAUCCAAGUCCAGAUGAAGGGAUUACAAAGAUGAGUCCUGAUGUAAAAUUAAUUGAGGUUGUUGGAAGUCAGAAUACCUUUCUCCAGUUAAAAAGUAAUCCCAGAAAAUGCAAUUUAAUUCUGCCUACUGAGGGAAGUGCUAGAGAAAUUAAUCAUGGGUGUAAUUAUAGUGAAAAACACUGUUCUGAAGCAUCUGUAACAGCAACAUUAGAUCUACCUCAUACAGUUCACUCAGCCCCUAAAGAAAUAACAGUGUCUAAGGGACAAGAAGAGGAAGAACCUGAUAGCCUAGUUAAAUAUUUCAGUGUUGUUUGGUGUAAAGCUUCGAAGAAAAAACACAAAAAGUGGGAAGGUGAUGCUGUUCUCAUUGUAAAAGGAAAGUCAUUUACAUUAAAGGAUUUGGAAGGCAAAGACAUUGGAAGAGGCAUGGCAUAUAAAUUGAAAGAGCUUGAAAAGAUUGAAGAGGGCCACAGAGUGAUGAUUGGUGGAAAAGAAGUAGAAGUCAUGGGUAUAAUUUCUCCAGAUGAUUUCAACAGUGGCCGAUGUUUUCAUCUUGGAAGAGGAAGUCCUGCUAUCUCAAGUUCUUCUCAAGCUGCCAAGAAGUGUUUCUCUAACCCCUUCAAAAGUGUUUGUAAACCAAGUUCAAAGGAAAAUAGACUGGGUGGUUUCCAAGAUUGUAAACCACGCCAUGACCCACAUGCACCAAAUUCUCUUGUAAUGUCACGACCUGACAAUAAUCACCAGUGGACGUUCAAUAAGAAGGGUUUUCCUGUUGUGGAUGUGGUGAUAGAUCCUCACCUUGUAUAUCAUCUUCGACCACAUCAGAAAGAAGGAAUCAUGUUCCUUUAUGAAUGUGUAAUGGGAAUGAGAGUAAAUGGCAGAUGUGGAGCUAUUCUUGCUGAUGAAAUGGGUUUAGGGAAAACAUUGCAAUGUAUUUCGCUCAUCUGGACUCUACAGUGUCAGGGGCCCUAUGGAGGCAUGCCAGUAGUAAAGAAGACGCUUAUCGUCACACCUGGAAGCCUGGUGAAUAAUUGGAGGAAAGAAUUUCAAAAAUGGCUAGGAAGUGAAAGAAUCAAAAUAUUUCCUGUUGAUCAGGACCACAAAGUAGAAGAAUUCACCAGAUCUCCAUUUUAUUCUGUUCUUAUCAUCAGUUAUGAAAUGUUACUUCGUUCUUUGGAUCAAAUUAAGAAUGUAAAGUUUGGUCUUCUAAUCUGUGAUGAGGGGCAUCGUUUGAAGAACAGUGCUAUUAAGACAACUGCAGCCCUCAUUAGCCUCUCUUGUGAGAAAAGAGUAAUUCUAACUGGUACUCCGGUUCAGAAUGAUCUUCAAGAAUUUUUUGCAUUAAUUGAUUUUGUAAAUCCAGGAAUAUUAGGCUCUUUGUCAUUUUAUAGAAAAGUAUAUGAAGAACCCAUCAUUAUAUCAAGACAGCCUUCUGCUUCUGAGGAAGAAAAGAAGUUAGGAGAGAAAAGGGCAGUUGAACUUACUUGCCUCACUGGACUCUUUAUUCUUAGAAGAACCCAAGAAGUCAUAAAUAAAUAUCUUCCACCUAAAAUAGAGAAUGUAGUCUUUUGCCGACCAGGAGCUCUGCAGAUUGAGCUUUAUCGAAAGCUGUUGAAUUCUCAGGCUGUCAGGUUCUGCCUUCAAGGGUUGUUGGGAAAUAGUCCUCAUCUAAUAUGUAUAGGAGCUCUUAAAAAACUGUGCAAUCACCCCUGCCUGUUGUUCAACUCUAUAAAGGAAAAAGAAUGUAGCUCAACUUGGGAUGGAAAGGAAGAAAAGAGUCUGUAUGAAGGCUUGGUAGAUGUGUUCCCUGCUGAUUACAACCCUCUCAUGUUUACGGAGGAAGAAUCAGGAAAACUACAGGUGCUGUUGAAGCUCUUAGCAGUUAUCCAUGAACUUCGUCCUACUGAAAAGGUGGUGUUGGUAUCCAACUACACACAAACCUUGGAUAUUCUACAAGAAGUAUGCAAGCGUCACAGAUAUACUUAUACAAGACUCGAUGGACAAACACCAGUCUCCCAAAGACAGCAAAUUGUUGAUAGUUUUAAUAGUAAAUACUCUUCUGAUUUUAUUUUUUUGUUAAGUUCAAAAGCUGGUGGUGUGGGACUUAACCUUAUUGGAGGAUCUCACUUAAUUCUCUAUGACAUUGAUUGGAAUCCAGCCACUGAUAUCCAGGCAAUGUCUAGAGUAUGGAGAGAUGGUCAGAAAAAUCCUGUACAUAUUUACAGACUUCUAACCACAGGUACAAUAGAAGAAAAGAUUUAUCAAAGACAGAUCAGUAAGCAAGAUCUUUCUGGGGCAGUUGUUGACCUAACCAAGACAUCUGAACAUAUCCAGUUUUCAGUAGAAGAGCUAAAAAAUUUGUUCACAUUACAUGAAAGUUCACAUUGUGUUACUCAUGACCUGCUUGACUGUGAAUGUACAGGAGACCAAGAUGGUACAGUGGGGUCAUACUUUGCGAGGCGUUAGCAUGGACCACCGUACUCCUCAGUACUUGACGAACUCCUAGUGCUGCUCCAGUGAGGCUGAGAACGCCAGUCCUCCAGAGCUGACACUGUUCAGAUAGGAACAGGAUCGGGGGUAGGACCUGAGGAAGCAGUGACCAGUACUUGGAAGUCACUUGGUCAAGUGUGUUGAAAAGGUUUAAGAAGGUAGACCGGACAAGACUGACAUGGAGGACUUCACCUAUAAUAUAAGUCAACAUUUGAUUCUCUCUUGUAUGCGUUUUCUAUUUUAAUAACUACUGCUCUUAUUUUAUCUUCAUUUUUCCUUGUAUUUACCCUAAACUUCUUUUUUUAAUUUUUCAACCCGAAUGCCUAACUUGAUAAUUAUUCAGCCUUCUUUUCUGCAAUGGGUAUUAAAGGCUGUACAUUUUCCUCAAAGUUGAAUCUCAUAACUUUGUAUGUGGUUCUUUUUUCUUAAGAUUUUAUUUAUUUAUUUAAGAUAGAGAGGGGGAAGAGAUAGCACGAGCAGGGGAAGGGCGAGGAGGGGCAGAGAGAGAGAGAGAAGCAGGCUCCUUGCUGAGCAGGGAGCCCAAUGCUGGGAUCAUGACGUGAGCCUAAGGCAGACGCUUCAUUGAGCCACCCAGGUGCCCCAAAUUCUUGAAUUUUUCUAUCUGAUAGUAAAAAAAUAUAUUAGUCUAGUUUUAAUUUGUUUUCCUCUUAUUACGAGUGAAGUUGAGCAUUUUUUUUCUUGUAUUUAAGAGCCUUCCUUUAUAUGAAUCAUCUGUUCAUAUCAUUUGCCCAUUU